AUGGCUUUUCGGCGAAAUACGAGAGCUCACAACUACGAGGAUCCGAAUCCUAGGGGUGAGGGAGCAGCGGAUCUGAAUGUUCCCCCGACAGUUCCUAGAGGGGUAGCACCCCCGGUCCCUCAGUUAGCACCCCAGGGAGUUCCCCAGGUGAAUCCCCAGGUGGCGUUACUAGCUGAGGCCUUGCAAGUAUUGCUGGAUAAUGCGAAUGGAGCCGGUGGAGCUCAAGGGCAGCAGCCUCGUCGGGCACAGAUUCAACAAGAGGAGGUUCAGUUUAUCAGGGAUUUCAAACGCUUUGGACCACCAGUUUUCAACGGGGUGAGUGAGAGGCCUACUGCGACCGAGGAAUGGGUCAGGGAGUUGGAAGCCCUUUAUGUGUAUUUGGGAUGCUCCGACGAAUUCAAGGUCCGGGGAGCAAUGUUUAUGCUUCGGGGAGAAGCAGUAAAUUGGUGGGAGUCGGUGGCGGCAGCGGAGGAUCACGCCAACGUACCCGUCACAUGGGCGAGGUUUAAGGACCUACUCUAUGAGUACUAUUUCCCCGUGACUGUCAGGAAUGAAAAACGGGCAGAGUUUCUCCGUCUCACUCAAGGGAGCCUAACUGUGACCCAAUACGAGAGGAAGUUCACUGAGCUGUCCCGUUUUGGAAUGCAAUAUAUUCCUACUGAACAAUUAAAGAUUGACAAGUUCAUUGACGAUUUGCGUAGGGAGAUCAAGGGGCUACUUGUUCUCAAGGAGCCAACUACUUAUGCAGCAGCAGUCAGGUGUGCGUUGGUUAUGGACAAAUGUCUCGAGGAGCCUCAGUCUCAGCAGAGGAUCCCUGCGACGGCGGCAACUCAAGGUGGGACCCAUAGGGCGCGUAUCUUCGCUCUUACCAGGGGGGAUGUUGAGCAUGCCGAGGCGGUGGUCACAGGGACUGUUUUAGUGCUUAGUAUGCCUGCGUACGCAUUAUUUGACUCUGGAUCUAGUCAUUCUUUCAUUGCUUCUACCUUUGUUCGACAUGCGGACCUAGAGCUAGAAUCGUUAGGCUUUUUGUCGUCGGUAUCCACAUCGUCAGGGUCUGUGUUGGGCACUAGUCAAGUGGUGAAAGGAGGCCAACUCUCCUUUGAUGGUCAGGCCUUGGAUGUAAAAUUAAUCCAACUGGAUAUGCAGGAUUUCGAUGUGAUACUAGGCAUGGAUUGGUUAGCUGCCAACCGGGCUAAUAUUGAUUGCUCGAAGAAGGAAGUUAGCUUUCGCUUGCCCUCCGGACAAAACUUUAUCUUUAAAGGAGUUAAGGCCGGGGUCCCAAGGGUGGUGUCGCGUCGUGGAUGCAAGGAAGGUUGUGCCAAGCAUUGA